AUGCCACUGGCCAACACUCCGCUGAUUGAGUAUACUCUGGAGUUUCUGGCCACAGCUGGUGUCGGUGAAGUAUACGUCAUGAGUUGUUCACAUGCUGAUAAGAUAGAGGCGUAUAUCAAGAGCUCGAAGUGGAGUCGUCCUGAAUCGCCAUUUACGAUUCAUUUAAUGUCAUUACCAGAGAGUUUGUCAGUUGGUGAUGUCAUGAGAGAUCUCGAUACUAAAGGCAUCAUCCGGUCCGACUUCUUGCUUAUCGGAGGUGAUGUUGUCUGUAAUAUCGAUGCGGGAGAAGUAAUCAAGGCGCAUUAUGAGAGAAAAGCAAAAGAUAAGAAUGCUAUUAUGACAGUGGUGCUUCGUGAAGCCAGUGCACUUCAUAGAACUAGACCACGGUCUAAACCUGGUCUCUUCGUGUUGGAUGAUGAGACUAAUAGGUGUCUGAGAUACGAAACAGGGUCCAGCGCUGUUAACCAGGUGUCUAUUGAUGGUGAACUUUUGAGUGAACACGACAAUAUCGCAGUUCGAAACGAUUUGAUCGACUGUCAAAUCGACAUAUGUACCCCUGACGUACCAGCGUUAUUCACUGAAAACUUUGAUUAUGACAAUAUAAGAUCCGACUUUGUUAGGGGCAUUUUGACCUCUGAUCUGCUCGGUAAGACCAUUUACGCACACAUUGUGUCUCAAGGAUAUGCUGCUCGUGUGCAAAGCAUUCAAACAUACGAUUCGAUUUCAAAAGAUAUCAUUUCCCGAUACACGUAUCCGAUAACCCCAGAUAACAACGUCCUUGAGGAUCAGACGUAUACAUAUCAAAAAGGCCAUAUUUAUAAAGAAGAUAGUGUGGUGUUAGCACAAUCGUGUAGCAUUGGUAGUGGGACUGUUAUUGGUACUCACACUUUCAUCGGACAUGGUACAGAUAUCCGACAAAGUGUGAUUGGACGAAGAUGUAAAAUUGGCAGCAAUGUUAAGCUGGAGGGUUGUUAUUUGUGGGAUGAUGUUGUGAUUGAAGAUGGUGUGGUUGCCAAGCAUGCUAUUAUUGCCAACCAGGCAGUGGUCAAGCAAAAUUCGAUAAUUGAAAAUGGUGUUAUUAUUGCCAGUGGCUGUGUAAUCGGAUCCAAUCGUACCAUUUCCGCCAAUACAAAGCUCACAUUAAGUAGACGAGAGGAUCUCUUUGAUGGAGAUGACGAGGACGAUGAUUAUGACGACGAGGAUGAAGACGAAGACGAAGCUGAUGAUGGCGACGACGAGGAAAACAAGUCUGUUAGUGCUGGUGGUUCAGGAUUAGGCACUGCCUCUAUUGUUGGACAGGACGGCAAGGGAUUUUUGUUCCACGAGUCUGAUAUUUCUGACGAUGAUGAGGAGAACAUUGAUGCGGCAGUAGAUGGAUUAAUGUACAAUAUGGAUCAAUUGAACCUAUCAGACUCGUCGAUUGAAAGCAACAAGGCAGGUGCAAAGAAACACCGGAAACAUCGCAGAACUAUGAGCACGGCUACUGCCACCUCUGAGGAUAAUGAUGACGAUGACGAAGACGAGUUCUUCAAAGAGGCUCAACUGUCUAUUGAGCGAUCUAUUAUGGAUAACCACAGUCAAGAAAUUGCAUUAUUAGAACUCAACACACUGCGUAUGACUAUGAAUGUACCACACGAAGAUGUCCGUCGAGCUACUAUCCAUGCCCUUGUGCAACAUAUUAGCAAAUUAGUCAAUACUGGCACAAUGGAACUAAAAGCAGCCACCACCAAAGUGUUUUCUGAAUGGAAACCAGUGCUGACGCGAAUCGUGUUUGAGCCCAAGGAUCAGGCUGAAUUGCUACUCAGUGUCCAACGUGAAGCUACCAAACAAGCUAAUGGUGAUAAGUUGCUCUUUUUUGCUGCAUCAACCUUUUACGAUAAGGAUAUUGUUGAAGAGAGCUCUGUAUACCAAUGGUGGAAUAGCCCGGAUUCCACAGCUACUGAAGAACUCAAAAGUGUACGCAAGCUCGCUGCCCAGUGGGUCAAAUGGCUGCAAGAAGCUGAAGAAGAGUCGGACGAAGAUGAGUCUGAUGAGGAAUCUGAUUAG